CUCCUCCAAUCCUUCACACCUCUGCUAUUUAGCCACAUUUGUUUGUUCUUUUUUCUUCUCUCAAAACCUUUUAUGUCUCCUCACUACUUUAGUUAUUCAAUUUGUAUCAUGUUUGACGAAUCUGAAUUUCGUUUCGGACCUAAAGGGUAGAAGAAUGUUGAAACACUUGUAGCUGAAACCCCUUCUCGGUAAUGUGAAGUGUAUGAUACUGUUUUCUGCUCAGCUAUCUGGUAGCCAAAAUGAUCAUAAUGUACAUGAAAGUGAACAGUCAGCUGCUAUUUCUUUCAUCCCAUUUAAAACGAAGAAAACAGGGUAUCUUGUUGUAAGGUGCUAAUCUGAAACAUCUAGCAAAUCGAGCCUUUUCUAUGGUGUCCAUAAGCCCAAAGAGGACGUAUUGAGAACUUGUAUGGUACCUUGCAAAUGGCAGAAUUUGCAGCCAUUCCACCUCAUGUCAAGCUGCAAGUUCGUGGCACUCUCUUAGAAGAGUGGUCUUGUCUGCCAAAAAUUCCUUAUAACCCCGCCAAAAGGGUCUUUCCUAGUGGAAGUAAAAAAGUUAGUACGCUGUCUUCCUGCAGAACCAUUGCACCUCAAAAUAAAAUCCUCAAUGGAAGUCCAAGAUGGAAGACUACCAGGUGCUAUUGCUCGAAUGCCCUAGCCAAUGUUGGUGCUGUAGCUGCAGCUGCAACUACUUCAGACUGGGUCCCGUUCAUUGAUCAAGUCCUACUUUUGGCAAGUAUUAGCCUUACGUAUAUGGCUGGAGUAGUUCCUCAGGAGAAAUCUCCAUUUAAUACUCAAACAAGUGUGCCACCUUUUGACGUGGUCCCUGAAAACUCUUCCUCCUCGGGUAGUUCAGCGACAAAUGAUGAUGAGGUUUGGUUGCAGUUUGCCUGGGAUGUUGUAAGAGGCAAGCUAAUGGAUUCAUUAUCUACUCUUAGUGAUGGGGUAAAUCCUAGUGAUAACAGUGGGAAAUUUGAACUAAACCCUGCAACACAGCCUUCAAGCUUAUAUGCUGUUACUGAAGGUCCUAGAAUAAGACUUCUCUGGAGAUCAUUUCAGUGGCUUAAAAAAGAGGUGACCAAUAUUUCUGUGAACGCUGCUGAAAAGUCUGGAAAGGAAUUUUUGGCUGUCUUUGCUGAAACUUUUCAAAAAUGCUGCCGCCCUCUAUUCAUGGCAUGGCUUGAAGAGGAGAUUCGCCUCAUCUCGAGAAAACCUGACAAAGACCUUCUUUCUUUGGCCGAAAGUAAGCUGAAUAGAUAUGACAGCAUAUUUCAAAAUAUCAGAAAGUCAGGCAAGGAGGAUCUAUAUGCAGAAUUGGUAUAUGCCCUUAAAUUUGGUUCUUCCAGGAAAGGUGGCUACUAUAACUCUACCUUGUUCAUCCACCAUGGAGUAGCCAUAUUAGAAGAUUUGCUGAUCACAUUAGCAGAUGGCAUUGCAAGCAUGUACUUGGAGCUUAUAUCUGUGGAUAGUAGCUUGUCCAAUGAAAUGAACAAUCUUGGUUUGAGCUUGUGUAACCUCUCGACCAGAUCACUUCAGAGAUUACGCAAUGAGGUGGCAAUGCAUCAAUGGUUGCAUCAAAACAUGGCUGCAGUGGCAUCUAUGUAUGAGGACCGAUUUGACCUUUGCAUACUUGAAAGUCAACCUAAUGAGUCCAGAGGCAAUGAGACUGAACUUUUUGGUUGGUUAAAGAAGAUUAGUUUUAUGAGAUCAGAUCCCGUAUCAUCUGCACUACGUUAUGUUACCAUCAAUAGCAUAUCUGUACCUGUUAAGAGGACCAAGGAACUGAGGGCCUUGGUUGGGUGGAGGUACUACUUCAGUCUCUUCCUUGAAUUGGCCGACAUCAGCAUGCCGAUUGUCAAGAAGCUUGUUGCAAAAGUCAGUGAUGCUAUCUCGUUCGUCCUUGUCUGCUUGAUAGGAAGGUCUCUAGGGCUAAUCUAUUCUGGAAUUAGGAACGCCUUACGACUAAAGUGAGGUAAAAAUAAGCAGGUUGCCUGUUAACAUCAUACGAUGUCCCUAAAUUCAUGAAAUUUUUUGAAGGCUCUUUGUAGAGAUAAUUGACUUUAGAUAUAAUUCAAGAGAAAAACUUGAACUCCUGCAGUUUAACUGUAUUUACAAUGGAACCUUCCUUUAUUUUGAAGAACAUAGAAGACUAUUUUGAAAA